AUGAUACUCCCAGAAGACCUGGAAAAGAGCGGGAGCUCCUCAACGUACAUCUCCCGUCCAAGCUCUACCAUCUAUCUUCUCCUUCCCUACAUAUGGUGGCAACUCGAUGACUUCUUUAUUGGACAAGCCCGCACCGCUGGCCUCUCAACCGACUUCAAAUUAGCGCAAAUCGAUUCCGAAGAAUUAUACACGGAUACCAAAUUCGUACUUUUUGCAUUCGCUUGGUUGCUACUACUAUGGCAGAUAUCAAAUAUCAAUAUUCACAAGAUGAUUCUCAUAGUCGUGAGUCUUCAAACAUUGCUAGUGUUAGCACAGAUCGGGGCUUCCUCUACGGAAGUCCUACUCACUAUACGCUCAAUGCUUGGGAUAGGUGGCGCGAUCUUUCCUGGAUCAUUGUUGCUGUCAAUUUCACAAUUUCCUAGGAGCAAAUUAACUACUAUUGUUGCAAUUUUUGUUGCCGUAUCUCCUGCUGAGAUUGUGGUGGCUGGACCACUUCUUUCAGCUUUGGUCAGUUUCAUGAAAGAUACGUCUAUUCUGAGUUGGCAAGCUAUCUCCGCUAUUGAUGGUAUACUCGGUAUCAUCGUCGUCGCUAUGUUAUGGUUAAAAUUUCCCAUUUCCAUCGAGGAUAGCUUUCCUACAAAAUUCAUGAACUCUCUUGACUCGACCAGCUGGAAGUCAAAAUUCAAGGAUCUUUUUGACCCAAAAAACAUUAUCUUCGCUAUAAUGUUCAUUUGUACCAACUUGGCAACUGCACCAGCACCUUGUUAUCUCGCUGUACACCAUCGAAUAUCUUUUGUCUCCAUGCCUUACUUUUUCUUCACCGUGAUUUCAGACUUGGCUCCAUCAUCACACUUAAUCUUCAAUCUCCUUACCAUAAUUCCAUAUCUUGUUUCCAUAAUUACAAUCUUCAUUCUAGCGAGGAAGUCCGAUAAAAAGCAAGUUCGAGGUUCCUUCGUUUUUGCUUGUGGCCUUCUUUCUGCAACAGGCUUUGCCAUCAUGUCCUUGGUUGCCAUUCUUGACUGGAAUAUCUGGUGGUCUUUCUUUGCCAUUUUUCCAGCUUGCGUAGGAUCCUACGGCGCGAUGACGAUGAUUCUUUCCUGGGCAUUAGGAAGUGAACAAUCGGCUUUUGGGCGAGGAAUUCUCCUCGCGGUACUUGUGGGGGCGGCACAACUGUCAGUUAUAUUUUCUCCCGCCGGAGUAAAGCCGUGGUGGAGAGCCGAGGACGAACCUGCACACCCAAGAGGCUUAGGGGCCAGCGCAGCAUUGAUGGGUUUGUGUGCUAUAUUAGCGCUAUUUUUGAGGUCAUACUUGACCUGGAGGAACUCAAACAAGGAGAGACACCUUUAUACGCCGGUCAAGGCUGGAGACGCACUUGAUGAUGAAGUGGAAGAAGAAAUUGUUGAUAGAUAUAUUAUAUAG